GGCAACAAGAAGCGAUUGCGAAAUAUUAAUUGAUUUAUAAAAGCUCGUGACGAAGAGAUUUAAGAAGCUGUUUCCAAUGUGUUUCGGUAGAAAUGUUGAAGCGGUUUAUUGCAUUAAAGUUCAGCGCUUGUUUCUAUGACUGCGUUACGUUAUGUCCGAUGCCGAAGUUUAUGAUUCACUUGAGAAAGAUAUUCAGAAGGAAAUAUCAGACAAACUGUCUGUUGCAAAAGAAUGGGGAAGUAAGCUUUCUGUGGUAUUCCUGAACCACUGUCGUAGGUUAUAUUUUUUCAAAAGCCGUGAAGUCAAGUGAGGAAGCGGUUAAAAGACUUAGUGAUCGAAUAGAUUUAACCGAAAUCAAAUCAGUUGUGAGUGAUGUGACAGCUUCUGUUAAACAGGUGAGAUUUUCUCAAAGCCCAUAUUUACAUCGUUCCUAUUUUUUGUACGUAUGUUUCCGAAUAAAUAUUCACUAGCACUUAUCAAUAAAAGUGCUUUAUUGGAUGUAAAUGUCUGGUUUUUGUCUUUCCAAUGCCCAGUUGAAUUUUUAACGCAGUAAGAUUUAUGUCUGACAUAUCUGUAUCAAAGGUAAAACGAGUUUGUUCCCCGAGUUACAGUCUGAAAUCUCAACAGUAUGAUGAGACUCCAGGGAAUCGUGUUUCUCACUUGGAUUACGGUAACCUGAACAAAAUUUCCGAACGACAUAUUCAAGUGAAGAAAACCAGUCCUCUGAAUUAUGUCAUUAUGCUCCAUUACAAACUCAGUGAGGAUGCAUGUCGGUUAUCGUAUUUUCUUUUGUUAAGUAAGUGUAGCCCAGACCAUUCAACAGUGCGGAGGACUCUUAUUCUUCUUAAUUGCAAUUCUAUUAAUUUAUUCUAUUGAAUGUAAUCAAUUAAAUGUUCGUCAGAUCCUUCAGGACUUAAUGUUUGUGGUGAUUGAACAACAGAUUGCAUUGCCAUAAGGCUUCCAGACUCUCAUUAUCAAUUAAUCGGUUUAACUUAAAAAAGAUAUAUCAGGAAUGUUACUAGGCUUUACUCCUUGUCUGUAUUGAUGUCAUCAAGUCUCGAAAAGCGUUUGGUUGGUUUUUGAUCAAUAUUACCUUCAGCCAGAUAUUCAUUCGCUUCAAACUCAAAACUAAACUGAUCACAGUCCGACGAAUUCAACUUUUAUUAAACCAAUUCAAUGUGUGGAUGGUUUGCACUUUCUUUGUUCUCAUAGAUCAUGCUCUCCUCACUAAGUGUUCCUCCUAUCUGGGUAGUUAUCUUGCGACAUAACUUACGUUCACUAAUUCCCUUUCACAUUCAACUUGUAUUUUUAUCCUACCAUAUUUCCCCUUCAGUUCUACCAAGUCUGACGCAUGAUUCAUUUAUAAACGAAUCAGUCUUCUUCUUAAACAAUCGAAUAAAGUCAACUUUGCUGCUGUGCUUAAUAUCACUGCUGGUUUUAAAAACAUGACAAAGGACUAAACGGUAUUUUCUAUGAUACGGAAGAGUUACUUUCGAAUUCGAUUCCAGUUACAUUCAUCAUCCGGAAACGUUUUGGAUGCAACUCAUCGAAGUUUGUUCAUCUUGCAGAUAGCAUUUUAAGGAAGACCAAUCUCUAAAAUCAUGAAGUAUCAGCUUCGGCUUAUCAUAUAUUUGAGUCUAACACUUCUUCAUCUCUUUAGUGCCUACAUCUUAUUGUUUUUUUUGUCUGCAAUUAAAUAAAAUGGUGGUUCUAUGUGACCCAUUGUCGUGUGAGUACCAAAUUGUUGCUCCAUUUGACUCGGCCAUAAGAUGGUAUAAAAUCAACAAUUUUGCUUCAGGUACUCACCGUGAUCUUAAAGCCGCGUUACUCGCCUGUUUCUUUCAAAAUAAUGAUUAUGGUAGAUAACAGUAUAUACAAGUAUAGUCAAAACGGUGGCAACUAUUUAGCCUACUUCUUCCCAAUCAGGAUUUCGUUGAUGAUAAUCUUAUUGUGUUUCAUAUAACUUUAAAAGGGUGGUUUAUGUCAAGGUAGAAUAGAAUAAAACGCUUACGUUAAUAUUUUAAAUUUUGAAUCCUAGAAGACAGCAGUUCAUCGAUUCAAAGAAAAUUUGUGAUAAAGGAAGUAAGGGAGUCACAUACACAGAUUAAGGGUUGAGUGAGUUAACGUCCCGUAAAGUACCUUUCAUGACUCAUCAUUUUCUCUUCAUUUUUUUCCUCAUAACGUCAGGUCAAGUCAACUUUGAAUUGCUCUACACAUAUUUUCUGUCCACCUAAUUUCCCUUGCAUAAACACAUUUGUGCUUAAAAAGACCAAAGUGUUAUUCUCAUCUAUUCCUACAAAGAUUUAUUAACUCAUGCACGAUUGAAAUUCUGCAAGUGUUUUUCGUGUAAGCACAAAUAUGCGGACGAUGAUCAGUAACGAUAGUUUGUUUGUGUUCUCUUUUUUUAUCAACGAUUGCUAAGCUAGACCAUUAAGAAUCACGGCUUAGUGACUUGAGUUUUUAGAUUAAUAAGAUGUAUGGAUCCAACGCUAAUCAAUAUAUCCAGUGCAAUGAUGCAACGCAACCAAGCGACGACGACUCACGAGACUAAGUUGUUGAUGGGAGCAUACAAAUAAACAAAUAUCAGAAAAUAAGACAUGCCCAGUAGAAGAGACUUUCUUUUAUUUAAUGAGGUCCCACUCAUACGUGAAUUUGAAAAAGCUCAAGCUGACUUUGCUGUAGAAUCUCAAAAUAAGAAUGAAGAAGCAAUUCGUUUUCGUUCAUCAUCUCAAUCUGAAUUUCCACCAUGGCAUCCCGAUAUAUGCGGAUUAAGUGAUUCUGAUGCAUUGUCUUCACUGAAAGAACAAAUUUUAGCUUUAAGUCAAAAUCCAAAUAACUUUCUUAUUUCUCCUCCUGAAGAAGCUCAACUUAAAUGGACAUCACCAAUACCUGACAAUUUAUUACGUGAAGCUCAAAUCCUUUUAAAAGAAGAUCCUAAUUUAGGUUCUAUAAGGUAUCGACUUGUCCCUAGCAAAAUAAGUGAAGAGAUAUUUUGGAGGAAUUAUUUCUAUCGUUUAUCCUUAAUACAACAAUCUGCUAGCCUCUCUGUUGUUAUGGACAAUACUCAUCAACCAAGCAUCAGUAAUAAUGGUGGUAUUACAAAUGAUAACAAUGUAUCUGACACUGAUUUUGUAUGCAUUGAACAAAAUCCUAUUUGGUCUAAAAUGAAUACAAAUCUUAAAGAAAAAGAAAAAUCAAAAGAAAAUCAAAAAUCAAAUAAUUCUUCUAUGAAAUCAAAAAUAACAUCAGACAAAUCUUUAAAAACUUCAUCAUCUAAAGAGAAAUCUAAAAUGAAUUCAACAAACACUACAAAAUCUUCACCAACUUCUAUAUUAAACAAUUCACAAAAUAACGAUAGUUCUUCUCAUAUUUCUUCUACUAAAACAUUGGAAGAACAAUUAGAAGAAGAGAUCGCCCGUGAAGUUGAUGAACUUGUCUUAACUAAAUCAGAGAAUAAUUCCAUUCAUCCAAAUAAUAAUAACAAUAAUGAUGAUAUAUCUAUGACAGAUGAAAUUGAUGAAGAAUUAGAACUGGAAAUAUUAGCUGAAUUAGAAGGUGGUGAUAAUGUUAUCGAUCAUUCUGCUCAUUGUAAUGAUAAUGUCAAAGAAGUUAAUCCUUAAUAAUAGAUGUUGUACAAGUGGGGAAAUCAUGUUAAAUGAAAACAUUAAAAAGUUGAAAAAAAUUAAUCGAAAACACACUUUGAUUCCCUUUUUAAUGUUAUUGAACAUUUAAAAUACAAUGAGAAGUUUUUCUUUCUUUUGUAUAAACAAAAAGCAGCUAACCGUAAUUAUCUUUGAUAUAUAUACGUUAUUGUUUCUUUUUUUGCAAGUAAUUUGCCCCCCCUUUUUGGCAAAUUAAAUGAAACAUUGGUCAUCUGAUUAUCAUUGAUAACGAUGAUAAUGUUGCCUGGGUGUGUGUGUGCGUGUGUGAUUGCAUUGUGUUUGUUUUUCCUCUUAAUUUGUUCAUUGUGUGCGUAUGUGAUGUAUUCACCACUUUCCUUUUCACUCUUUUUUUGUUCACAUAUCAAUUAGUGAUCACUAUGUUAUCAUUUCGCUUGUUUAUUUGAUUUUUUCUUCUCCCUCAAAUCACCUUUUUUUUUUUAAACAUAUAGUCGUUAAUUCUUAAAAUGUUUUCAACUGUAUUGGAAGGUUUAAUUAUUAUUUGUCUUCAUUAAUGAUGUAAUAAAGUUGCUUUACGU